AUGCCGCUCAAGACAAUCAUACCCAACGCAAGUCCCGAAGCUCUUCAACUCAUACGUGACAUGCUUGCCUGGGAUCCCCAGAAGAGACCCACAGCAGCUCAAUGUCUAAAAUACAAGUACUUUCAAGUUGGCGUAGGUGAGCUUGGUGCCAAAGUUCAGCCGUCCACUCGACAACAGCAGCAGCCAAAUCAAUUACCACAAAGGGAAGCACCCAAUCAAAGCUCUGCAAAGAGGAGAGUCGUAGCGGAACAGAAACCAGCGCAAAGCCCUCUCCCCAAAGUACAACCCAAGAAGGAAAAUGCCCCUCCCAAGGACAGUAUGGACGAUUUCUUCGCCAAUUUGGGAAAGUCCAAAGAGGUGGAACCCUCAAAACCCGUGAAUGUCGGAAACAAGAGCGGGAGGAGAAAGUGGGAAACGGUGAAGAAGGUGGAAGACAGUUGGGGUGAUGAUUUUGAUUUGGAUGAAAGUCGGGGGUUCGGUGGUAGCAGUGCCAAGACUAAGAAGAUAGGAGGAUUGAAAAGCAAGGCGUUACCUACAAUUGGUGCAGGAAAUGCAGUCGGGAAGAAGGCCUCAUUAGAUUGGGAUGAUGAUGAUGACUUUUUAAGGAGUCCACCUAAGCAUAGAGUAGGUCAUUUGUCAACAAGAAACCAACCUGGAGUGGCUAGGGUGGGACUAGAGUCUGGAAAAUCCUCUGCUUCAUCUGCUAAACAGUUCUAUAUGGGCAAGGCUAGAUAUGUACCAGGUAUGAAUGUGAAGAGUCCAAGGAAGGAAUCGGGCCAUGGUUUACCUGCUCUCAAAGGUGUAGCCUCAGGUAGUGCUCAUAGAACUAACUUAAUAGGAUCUAAUUACGCAAGAAGACCAGAUAACAACUUUGGUGGUGGUGGAGGAGGAGGAGGGAGCUACAUGCCAUCAUUUUCAUCCAAACCAGACAGCUCUACAAGAAUAGGAGGCUAUAAUGAACCAUGGAAGACAUCAAAAGCAGGAGUAACAAAUACAUUUGGAGCAGGAAGGAACAACGGGCUAAGAGCACAACCUGUACACGGUAGAACAGAUUGGGCAUCCAAGUAUGGGGGUGUGCGGUAAUAUUCAGCCGAAGUUCGAUCUAAAGAGUGCAAUCAAUCAAUUGAGGAUUAUAGAACAAGAUCAUCGUAUUAAAUAUCAAUGUUGGAGACAUGGCAGGACCAUCCAUGCGGUUUGUGGAAAUGAAAUCACUCAUUCGGCUCACUCAGAAUUGCAUCUGACAAGGGUUAGAUGUGUUAAGGCUGCCAAGUGUCACUGAAAGUGUGUACCGGUACUCUGAAUCUUAGGUCCACUCAUAAAUAUUCAUGGUGGUGUUUAAUUAAUGUGUAAACUUGUAGCUUUUACAUUACACGACUUUCUUCUUACACUGAAUGCUCAUGUCUCGUUUAAGAAAUGUUCAAUUAGAUCUUGCAGUACUGGAGUUUGUAUCUUCUCAGUAUCACCUUGACUACAGUUUGAAAUAUUGUAAUUAUAUCAAAAGUCUGCAGAUGCGAUCUUUUUUAAAUGCAAAAUAAAUAAAUAUUCAAUAAUUUCAAUAAAGCAAUGCAUAGCUUAAAUUUGUACAGUAUUUUGUCUGAAAAUCAGAGUUAUAUGCCUUGGGGUAUAUUGUUGAAUACGCUAAAGUCAGGCUACUAGUUGCAGUACUUCACAGCCUGCCUAUUCAUGAGACAGUUAUAUAAACUUUUUUUGUAAAUAUGUGCCUGUUGUCUAUUUCAAAUAAAUUCAAUAAUCAUG